AUGGACGUCGAGUACCACGAGGAGUACGUGAGGAACUCGAGCGGGGUGCAGCUCUUCACCUGCGGCUGGCUGCCGGCCUCCACAUCGCCCAGGGCGCUCGUCUUCCUCUGCCACGGUUACGGCAUGGAAUGCAGCGGCUUCAUGAGAGCGUGCGGCGUGCGGCUGGCGGCGGCCGGGUACGGCGUGUUCGGGAUGGACUACGAGGGGCACGGCAAGUCCAUGGGCACCCGCUGCUACAUCCGCAGCUUCCACCGCCUCGUCGACGACUGCGACCGAUUCUACAAGUCCAUCUGCGGGCUGGAAGAGUACCGGAGCAAGAGCAGGUUCCUGUACGGCGAGUCCAUGGGCGGCGCCGUGGCGCUGCUGCUGCACAGGAAGGACCCCACCUUCUGGGACGGCGCCGUCCUCGUCGCGCCCAUGUGCAAGAUAUCGGAGAAGGUGAAGCCGCACCCGCUGGUCAUCACCGCCCUGACGCAGGUGGAGGACAUCAUACCCAGGUGGAAGAUCGUCCCGACCAAGGACGUCAUCGAUGCCGCCUUCAAGGACCCCGACAAGCGCGAACAGAUCAGGAAGAACAAGCUGAUCUACCAGGACAAGCCGCGGCUCAAGACGGCGCUGGAGAUGCUCAGGACCAGCAUGUACGUGGAGGACAGCCUGUCCAAGGUGAAGCUGCCCUUCUUGGUCCUGCACGGCGAGGCCGACACCGUGACGGACCCGGAGGUGAGCCGCGCGCUGUACGAGCACGCCGCCAGCACGGACAAGGCCAUCAAGCUCUACCCGGGGAUGUGGCACGGCCUCACCGCCGGCGAGCCGGACGAGAACGUCGAGGCCGUCUUCUCCGACAUCAUCGCGUGGCUCAAUGCGCGCAGACGCGUCUGGACGCCGGAGGAGCGCCUGACGAAGAUGUUGGCGGCGCCCAAGAAGCCCGACAUCGACGAUAAAGAACACGGCUCCACGCGGCCUCGGCGGCAGCGCCGGGGCUUCCUCUGCGGGCUCACCGGCCGGACGCAUCACCACUCAGAAAUGUAG